UGGCUCAGUAGACAGCUGAUUCUAGUUGAGUGUGUACUUCCUAGUUUGUGGUGGAAAGUUGAAAGGUCGUGAAUAAACGGUUUGCCACUUCUGGCAGUGCAUAGUACCGUUUUUAUGUGGCUACAAAGCGGCAAAAAUGGAUUUAACGAUAGAAAGUAAAGCUGGGUAUGUGCUUUCUAACGUAGCCGAGGUUGUUGAGAAAAUUCUCACAUUCGUACCGACCAAGUCACUGUUUCACACCGCCAGUGUGUGCGCAUUAUGGCGGGAGUGUGCCCGCAGAGUACUCAGAAAACAGCAGAAUGUGGCCUGGAUUUCUGCUUCAGGGUCCAGUGGCGGCAGUGGCCACGUCUUACCCCGGAAACUGGAUGAAGAAGUGGAGAAUGUGUAUUUGCUUCCCAAGACGGUGCUGAUUAUGGCAGAUGUUGAUGCUUUUAACCAGCAAGAUAAUCACUUUCUUAAAAAAAAAGUGAAAAAAUCAUCAAGCUCAGGAAAAACAGACGAGCUUAGGAAACUGUUUCCCAAAGGAUGUGACAUCUUGGGUAUUGCAGUACCUGGGAUUGUCUUAACUCCGAUGGGGUCACACAGUAACCCGCCUCAGGAAUUUGAAGAGGGAGAAGCAGGCUUUGCCAUCAUGUUUCCCAAUAUUGAUGGAAUAAAUAUCCGCUCAUUCCACUUCUGCAAAAGGAGUUUCUCCAGCACGUCUCUUGAAGAAGCAGGACUUGUGAACAAUCCCAGUCUGCGGGUGGUUCUUUUGUUUGGAUACGAGGCGUUUAAGUCGGGAGCUGCACGAUUCCUUAACCAAGUUAUUGAGCCGCUGUCCAAAGCUAACAUCCUCCUUGCUGGUGGACAUAUUGAGAGCGUGACUUCCCCAGAGUCAGAAUGCUGUAACCCGGGUUCCUACGGGGUGGUGGGUCUGGCGUUGAGUGGCUCAAAGAUCCAGGGCGCUUCGGUUCUCCUCGAGCAGGAUGUGAACAGUGAGAAGACUGCAGAAGCAGCUGUGCAGCGCCUGAAAUCCGCCAACAUCCCACAGCACAACACCCUGGGCUUCAUGUUCGCCUGUGUGGGCCGCGGCAGACACCACUACAAUUCGAAGAACAACGUGGAAGCAGACGCCUUUCGAAAGAUCUUCCCAAACAUUCCUUUGUUUGGCUUCUUCGGGAAUGGGGAGAUCGGAUGUGACAAGAUUGUCACUGAGGAUUACACCCUGACUGACGCGGAAAACCUGCAGCACGGCUAUUCCACAGUUAUGGCACUUGUUCAUUUAGGAUGAAGAAGUAUGGUAAGGAGGAGCAGGUUUUGUAGGGUUGUUUAGCGGACGGCAGAGCAGUAUUAGGUGAAGGGGAGAGUUGAGUCACUCCUCCAGGUUUUCUUUUUUUUCUUUUCCAUUUACUAAGCAAGCAUUACAAAUUCCAGCAGUAUGCACUUUUUAAAAACAAAUCUGGUCUCGCAUCAUUUAGGAAGGCUUUAUAACACAUGUUGAAAAUUAAGUCAUUGCUCUGCACUGUAGGUUUUCAUAGGCUUGCUGGGGUGUUAAAGUUUGUGAUGGAAAACACAUACUGCUUCAGACAAUUAAGGGACAUUCAGCGAUUUGUAUAUCAGGUGUCAUAAACCCCACAAAAUCCUGUGUUGAAAUUAUGACUACACUAACCCUGUAGUCAUAUUAAUGCUAAAUGGGUAUUUAGUGAGGUGUCAGAUGGUGGUAAAAUAGAUCUAUCCAACAUUCCAAUGUAUACUAUUGUCCACUCUCCAUAUGUAAAUAUCACCACAUAUACCAAUACAGACCUGGCAUUGAUUAUGCUUACUGGAAAUAAUGUUUCCCAAUUGUUUCGGGCAGUGUGUAUACGACUGGACUGUAAUUAAAUGUAUUGCAAUUGAUUGGAUAUGUACCAUAUCUGUCUGUGUGGUAAAAUGUUAUUUUCCUAGUGUAAGAAUUCCAUGUUUGUAUGGAUUGCUAACCCGUUUCUGCUUCUAUGUAUGUAUGUAUUAUUAUUAUUAUUAUUAUUAUUAUUAUUAUUAUUAUUAUUAUUAUUAUUAUUUUUCUUUUUGUUUUCUGGAGUUUUUUCAUAUUAAAUGGGGGCCAGGCAGUACACUCCUGGUAAUGUGCAGCACACACAUCACUGGCUGCCAACAGGUUCACACAUUUAAGUGCUUGAAUGCUGGCACAGUUUUUAGUAGGAUAAAGUGUGUUCUGACAGUGUCUAUAACAUUGUUAUAGUGUCAUCACAUGCAUGGUUUUUAUGUGGAGGGACACAAGCCCAAGUGCUAUUUCUAAUUUUAUUUACAUAUAAAGGAAGCAUUCUUUGGAGUUUUACAUGCUUUGCAUAACUUGAUUCUAUACAAUUGGAACUUGUAUUGUUACAUUUGUUACACGAAAAGGUGACGUUUGCUUUGUAUCUCUGUUAAUUAAUGUAAUUGGUCAGUGAAGUGUAAACCAAAUAUUACUCGUGGUGUGCGCAGUUAAAAUUCUCAUCUUUGUGCAUUCAGGUCAGCACAGUUAUAUUAAAACACAAUGUUCUAUAAUCCGUCAUUGUGACCUCUGUCUUUUGUAUAUUGUGGAUUAUUCUUUGUGUUCUUAAAAGUUAUUACAGCAAUCAUUUUUGCAAUAAAUGUGUUGAGCACAGUCCAGAACCAUUUCUGUGUUUUGUAA